AUGGCCAUCCCCAGUAGAGUUGUGCAAAAGGGGAUGAAUGUAACAAUCCAGUGUAAAUUUGUGAAAGAUCAAGUCACGUUCUGUUUAUCUAACCGUAGCAAGAUAAAGGUGGAGAAGAAAGCUAAUGGACGUGUUGCAAACUUUAACAUCAAUCCAAUGGAGGAUGAUAUUCAAGAGUAUUACUGUCUUACCGUGCACAGAACACUUGAAAAUAAAGUAUCUUAUGAUAAUGCUUCCACUGUUCUUCAAUUAUUGAUCAUAG